AUUCAAAUGACAAUCGCGUAAAGUUAGGCGAAUGCAUAAUAUAUGAAAGGAUCGAUCAGCGUCUUGAUAGCGAUUUCAAGGUUACAACCCGUCUUUAAACUGAAAAUGUUUACCGUUGACAAAACGAUAUUGUAUGAUUUUGAUGAAAGCGUGAUUGUACAAUACUUUCAAACUGUAAGUUUGUUGCGAAGAAAAAUGAAGUAUGAUUUGAGUUUGCAAAUUAAUAAAGAUGUUUUCGAAAUGAAGCAUAAGGGUUGUUUUCAAAUGCAACUGUUUCUACAGAAAAUGUUCAUUAGAACAAAUGGUGUUACUGGUAAUAUAAUGACUGUUUGGCCAGCUUUGAUGAAUUUAACUAAAGUGACUGCAAUCUAGAAAUAUUCUUAGAAAUAUUGUUUAGUUAUAUUGGGAAAAGUUGUUGAGACAAGCGAGACAAUAAUCACAAAACCUAAAUGUGGCAAGGGAUGGAGUGUGAAGGAGGAUUGGGUAAGUGUCUGUAAGUUUCUAGAACAUGGGAUGAAAUACUAUUUAAAAGUCACUUCAAAAAGUGAAAAUCCAGAUAUUAAUUACUGUUAUGGAGAGCCAAUCAGAGGUAGCCUAAUGAUAAAGUCAACCGAUGGCAAUCAGAAGUGACCUAAAAGACGAG